UAUGUAUGUAUAUAAAUAAUUUCAUAUAUAAUUUUAAAAUCGAAAUGCUUUUGAUUAUCUCGUAUCAAUGUUGUAUUGCUCUGAACAUAGCCAGUUUUACGCUCUUACAUGUUUAUUAUACUUUCGAAUACUGGCAUACUUUUAGGAUCUAAUUGUCGAUUUAUCCACUCGUGUUUUUCUCAGCUGCAAUAGCUGCAAAAAAACUUUAAACAAGCAACUUGAAUAUCAUUAUCCCCACAAAUAUCCUUUAUUUGCAAAAAUCGUGAGACUUAAUGAAAUAUCAUUUACAUAUUGAAGCUACUAAUUUUAAGUGAAUUAUAAAUUAACUGCUGCAUAUAAAGGUAUAAGUGAAAAAUGGCGAAAAAUAAAAGUACUGUCUACCUUGGUUUUGAGGAUGAGGAAGUUACUAGCAAACAUGGCUCUAUAUUAAAUAGUACGGUGAAUAAAGUUGGUGGAACACCGGAUUGGCCUACUGGUGAAAUAAAAGUGCCUUCGUGCCCGCUUUGUGGCACAGCACGUCCAUUGGUGGUACAACUUUAUGCGCCUUUGGAGCAAUCAAAGUUUCAUCGCACUUUAUAUGUAUUCGCAUGUUUAAAUCCAGCUUGUUCGCAAAACUCUAAAAGUUGGUUAUGUAUACGCACACAGCAUUUGGAUACGCCGAGUGAAGCGGACUUAAUUAAUGCCGUACCGCCACCAUUGACAGCCGGUGGCGCCGGCAGUAAGAAAAAGAAAGGCUAUAAGCAAGCAUCAAAUGUAUUGCAACCACAAAAGAUUACGUGGUGUAGCGGUGCAGAUGACUGGGGUGAAGCUGUUGAGGAAAGUAGUAGCAUUACCGCUGAAACCACUGUGGAACGUAUGGAUACGGGCGCAGAUGAGUUGCAACAUCAGAAUGAAGAGAACGGUAAUGUCAUUGGUCAAAAUGAUAAUUCACCUAUCCGUGGUGCUUACUCACCGCGCUCUGAUUUAGGUAAUAGCGUAGGUGAUGAAGAUGAUGAUGACGAGAGUAAUUCCAUGGAUAACGAACUAGUUUACGGCUUCGAACAAAUCGAUAUGCAUUCUCCGCAAAAUGCUGUGGAAGACCCUAAUGCCAAUUGUGCGGCUGACAAUGCCGCAGCUGCUGUUGAUAUGGAUGGUGGCGCAAUGAUGGGUUUCGGUGGUGCUACAGCUACAAUUUGUGCUGAAAUCGAGGGCGCUGAAACGGACGUAGUGCUAGUGGAAACACCAGUAAAGCCAGAACGUGACUUAAUUGCGCUUUUAAAACAUACUGCAACUCCGGCUGCACUAGGACCACUCGCCAAAAUUUCUGAUGUUACCAUCAAACCUUUUUUCGUAGCUGUGGAUAUAGAGCAACGCCAUAAACGGGAUGAAGUAGAAAGUUAUACUGGCGCAUUAUCGGCAGAUCACAUACGUGAACUAUAUCAGGAGUAUAAACGGCAGGAUGAAGCAGCUCUGUCACCAAACGGCGCUGGGGCAAUCGGUGGUGCGAUUGGUGCUGCAGGCGAUGACCAAGAGGCUUACGAAAAAGCUUUGCCAGCGCAUGGUGAUAUUAUUUUCCAUCAAUUCAUUAGUACUAUACAAGAAAAUCCUGGUCAAAUAAUAAGGUACUCACGUGAUACACUACCUCUCCUAAUGGGUCCACUUUCCGAACCGAUCCCAAAGUGCGCGAAUUGUAAUGGCGAAACCAUUUGUGAGGUUCAAAUUCUCUCUACACUCAUACCAAAAUUACGUCUGGAGCAAAACAACGAUCCGGUACCCAUAGAAUACGGGAAUGUAUUGGUGUUUACUUGUCUAAAAUGCUGUUGGGAUACCCCAGAUAAAAUGCGCUAUGAACGAGUUAUUGUCCAAGCCGAACAUUAAGUAUGUAAAGGAGCGUAACAAUCUGUCGAAAGAUAGUUGGGAAGGGCACUAAAGAUCCUAGUAUCUAGCUGAAUGCUUGAUGACAUUUUAUGAAUUUUUUUAGAAUUAGUUUAUAUUAAAAACGAACUAAAGUAGCCGUAUUUAGGUCGAAUAUAAUUAUAUUAAAACUAUAAUGAAAGUUAAUUACGAAUAUGUGUACCUAGAUGCGUUGACAAAGUGAAACUACUUCAAUUAUGAAAACUAAAAUUAAAAGCAAAUCCUUUACAUGCAUACUUACAUAUAUAGUCAAACACUAUGUCCAUGUUGCUAUACAACGAACGACGUUGGACCUUUUAACCUAAUAUAAAAAUAAUAAAAGCAAACAUAAAGCUUAUUUACCAGUUGAAAGAAAAAGUUUUAAAUUAUAACCAGCCGUAAAUUGAGUAAAAUUAUUCAAAUUUAGAUAUUUAAGCAACUAUUGGCAGUCAAAUAAUAUACAAAAUAGAUAAUAGGUUUCUCUCAACGAGCUAGUUUUUAGGAAUAAAGCGAAGCUUGUCGACUUUUUAGAAAUCUAUUAACUAUAAUUUUAAUGAAAUUGUAUAAUAAAUUUCCAUUAGUUUUUCAAAACAAUACAAUUUACCAAUGUUAUA